CCAUCGGCAAGAGGCGAGAAAUCGGCGCGACCCAAUUGGCCCCGGAUGAGCGGGACGCCCACGCCAUUGGGGACUUCUUGCUCGCUCCUCGUCGCCCCAGCGCCGUCCAUGAUAUCUCUCUCGCUUCGAUUCUCUAUCAGCCUCGGGCGCCGAUCAUCCAGAACGACGAGGCUUUUCGGGGAUGCAGAGACACUCUCUGGUGAUCUUGUGCUGCUACCUAUAUAUGCUUUUCGACAUGGUGGCACUUCAUUUCCCAGACGUCGACUUGGAGGAAUACGGUCGAAAGGAAGCGUCCCUGUCCUUAAGGGAUAUCCUUCCUAUAAACCCGAAACAGUACGACAAGCAUAGGGCUCCAAAAUUCCUAGGACAACCUACAAUUGUUUAUUUCCACGUGACGGUGCUCAGUCUCGACUCGAUUAACGAAGAGUCCAUGACUUACGUCGCUGACAUUUUUUUAGCGCAAAGCUGGCGUGACUCCAGACUCAGAUUACCGGAAAAUAUGUCCGAGGAAUACCGAAUAUUGGACGUCGAUUGGCUUCACAAUAUUUGGAGGCCUGAUUGCUUCUUUAAAAAUGCGAAGAAGGUUACCUUCCACGAGAUGUCGAUACCCAAUCACUACCUUUGGCUGUACCAUGACAAAACGUUACUCUACAUGUCAAAAUUGACUUUGGUCCUCUCCUGCGCCAUGAAGUUCGAGUCGUAUCCACACGACACUCAAAUUUGCUCAAUGAUGAUAGAAAGUCUAUCACACACAACUCAGGAUUUGGUCUUCAUAUGGAAUAUGACGGACCCUUUAGUGGUGAAUCCGGAAAUAGAGCUCCCGCAAUUGGAUAUUUCGAACAAUUAUACAACCGACUGCACGAUCGAAUACUCUACCGGAAAUUUCACCUGCAUUCAAAUAGUCUUCAAUUUAAGACGCAGAUUGGGAUAUCACCUCUUUCAUACAUAUAUACCGUCGGCUCUGAUCGUCGUCAUGUCAUGGAUUGCUUUCUGGAUAAAACCGGAAGCUAUACCCGCUCGCGUUACUCUGGGCGUAACGUCUCUACUCACUCUUGCAACUCAAAAUACGCAAUCGCAACAAUCGCUACCACCGGUGUCAUAUGUCAAAGCGAUAGACGUGUGGAUGUCGUCCUGUAGCGUCUUCGUCUUCUUGUCGCUCAUGGAAUUCGCGGUAGUUAACAAUUACAUGGGGCCUAUAGCAACAAAAGCCAUGAAAGGUUACUCGGACGAGGACCUCAAGGAAGCCAUCGACGAAUUCAAGACUCCAAUGCGACCGGAUUCGGAGAGGAGCAGAAGUCCAGUGCGACCACCAACGGUGCAAUACGACACCUGUUGUCAAGGGAGGGCAACGGCGAUUUACAUCGACAAGGUCUCGCGAUUCUUCUUCCCCUUUUCGUUCUUCAUCCUGAACGUCGUCUACUGGAGCACCUUCCUGUAACCUUUCCUUAAUUCCGGUGUCUUCUUCCCGGAAGGUGGCCGCCUCUCGGCGACGUCCGCGCUCUACGUCGUUUCUGUAAUUUCCGCCAAAAGACGGCAUUUCCGUCCUCGAUCGACCGCAGAGUGAGAGAGAGAGAGAGACAAAACGACCCCCGAAGACAAGAGAGGAAAGCAGAAACGACUCAAUCUUGGCCAAGUGGGUCCUCGAGGAGGUUACGGUCUCCUUACGAGGGCGCAAACCUCGAACGAGACUCGAAGUCCCGAGCGGCGAGAGGACGCCAUCUUGAAAUCCCAAAGACGGUCUCCAGGGACGCUCCGAAUGGUGUCCGAUAAUGCCAAGUGCUUUUUAUAUACCUACGUAGAUAAAUCUGCUCGAGCAGAUACCUUUGCGUACUCUGUAUAAGCUUAGAAUUAAUAAGUGCACUCACUACUCGAAUACUAUUAAUCUUCUAAAUAAACGAAU